AUGGGUAAUCAAGCUCUUGAUAUCAAUGGCUUUACCAACACCGUCACUACCAACAACCACAUUACCACCCGCGGUAGCGACUGGUACUUCACUGUUUCGGCAGUGAUGGCCUUCUCGAUGCUCAUUGUCAUGGGCCUGUCGUUCAAGAGAGCCCGCCCGAACCGGCUGUUCCACUAUCUCUUUGCCUCGAUCCUGCUCGUCUCCGCCAUCUCGUACUUCUGUCAAGGUUCGAACCUGGGAUGGACCGCCAUCCAGACCGAGUUCCGCCGCAGUGACCCUGAAGUGGCCGGCAUCAUGCGCCAGAUCUUCUACGUUCGAUACAUUGAAUACUUCAUUACCGCCCCAUUGCUGUUGACGACGCUGCUACUGGUCAGCGGCCUCCCGACCCCGACCAUUCUCUAUGUCUUGUUCAUGUCGGAAGUCAUGGUCAUCAUGGGUCUCGUCGGCGCCCUCGUCAAGAGCACCUACAAGUGGGGCUUCUACACUUUCGGAUGUGUCGCUUUCUUGUUCGUCGCCUUCUCAGUCGUCUGGGAAGGUCGCGUCUAUGCCCGUGCCGUGGGCCAGGAUGUUCUCCGCAACUACACCCUGUGCAGCAGCUGGCUCAUGCUCAUUUGGCUGGUGUACCCGGUCGUCUGGGGUGUCAGCGAAGGCGGCAACAUCAUCCCGCCGGACUCGGAGGCUAUCUCGUAUGGUGUCCUUGACAUUCUUGCCAAACCUGUUUUCGCCGCCCUGUUCCUGUUCGGACUCCGGAACCUCGACUUCGCCCGUUUGGGCCUUCACUUCCGUGACGGCAGAGUCGCUCCCGGCGCUGGUCUAGGCGAGAAGCACACUGCUGGUCCUGCCGUCGGCGAGCCGGUUGCUGCUCCCACUGCGGCUGGGACCACCACUUCCACCGCCGUGUAA